AUGGCGCCCCAGAGAUCCAUAGGGAUACCAGGAAGCCAAAAUCGGAUGCCAGAUUCGGGUUCAGUGACCCUGGACGGAAGCCGUGAUCAUCUUAACUUGUUCACUACUCGACAGCAACCAAAGAAAAAACGAAAGUCCCGAACGGCAUUUACUAAUCACCAAAUCUUCGAGCUGGAGAAGAGAUUCUUGUACCAAAAAUAUCUGUCUCCCGCUGACAGAGAUGAAAUCGCGCAGUCGUUAGGCCUAACGAACGCCCAGGUGAUCACGUGGUUCCAAAACAGGCGGGCCAAGUUGAAGCGAGACAUGGAAGAGCUGAAGAAGGAUGUAGACGCCGCCAAGAUCCACUCUAUUCAUAAAACCAUUUUCAACAACAUUCAAGACUUAAGCUUACUCAAAAGUAUGGAGCUACAGAAUGCGCAUGAUUAA